AUGACCACAGAAGAAACAGAAGAAGCUCUAAAACAACACGCAUUACGCUUUAGUGAUGUUAUUGACGAGCCAUUGGAAUUUCUUGCACCUAUUAGUGGUUAUGGAAAAAUGCCACUUGUUUCACUUGAAGAAGCAGUCGAACCUCUUGUUCCUAUUCUCCCAGAUGUUCAGAGUCACGCUUAUGUCGCCAAACAACGAUGUAAGAAACCUGCUGAUGGAUUGACACAAGAUGAAUCCGCCUCAAUUAUGCUUUACACGAUGGAAUGGAAGCCACGUGAAGAAUGUCUCUAUGUUGUUUUGAAUAGUACCUUACGAGCAUCAGAUCGACAAGAGAAACUCAAACUAUGGUAUCUUUAUUUGAGACUUUUUCUAAAUGCCCUCUUUCGGCUUCCACCACUUACAAUAAGUGCAUACAGAGGUCUUAAAAAAGAUAUGAGUAAGAGCUACACCGAAGGUCAAACGAUUGUUUGGUGGGGUUUUUCAUCUUGCACAACAACUGUUAAAGUUUUAAAUUCGAAAAUAUUUUUGGGAACGACAGGUGAAAGAACAAUGUUUACUUUACAAUGCCGAUCAGCUAGAGACAUUCGUAAGCAUUCGUUUUUUCCAUCUGAAGAAGAAGUGCUUCUGAUGGCUGCAACUCAAUUCAAAGUAAUCGGUUAUCUUAAUCAAAAUGAUCUUCACAUUAUUCAAUUGGAAGAGACUUGUCCACCAUAUCCGCUUUUACAACCAGUACCAAUUAUUAUUCCACCAAAGACUAAUUCAAUUCUUCCAGUGGUUCCUAAUAUUCCAGUCAAUGCUCGAUGGGUACAGAAUGGAGUAACCGUUGCUGGAGGCUAUGGAGCAGGACAUGCUUCCAAUCAACUCUUCUGGCCUGAAGGUCUCUUCUUUGAUGAUAAUCAAACGAUGAUCAUCGUUGACUACGGUAAUGAUCGUAUCAUCCAAUGGAAGAUAGAUGAUAUAAAUGGAAAAGUCAUCGCUGGUGGUCGUGGCCAAGGAAAUCAAUUAGAUCAAUUGAAUUGUCCAACUGAUUUGUUAAUCGACAACGAGACGGAUAGUCUCAUUAUUUGUGAUCACGGAAAUCGACGAGUUGUACGAUGGCUUCGUCGUAGUGGCACAACUAAAGGUGAAAUCCUCAUUGACAACAUCGCUUGUCGAGGAUUGGCUAUGGAUGAUCAGAAAUAUCUUUACAUCUCUAACGAUGAGAAACAUGAAAUAAGAAGAUAUCAAAUAGGAGAUAAGGAUGGAACUCUUACAGCUGGUGGUAAUGGCCGAGGUGCUAGUCUUAAUCAACUCAACUCUCCGACCUACGUUUUUGUCGAUCGACAACAUGCGGUCUACGUGUCAGACAAGGAGAACCAUCGUGUAAUGAAAUGGAAUAAAGGUGCAAAAGAAGGGAUUGUCGUCGCUGGAAGCCAAGGCAACGGGAAUGCUCUGACACAAUUGAGGCUGCCUAUGGGACUGUUCGUCGAUACAUUAGGUACCAUCUAUGUGGCAGACUCGUCGAAUCAUAGAGUGAUGCGUUGGCCUCAAGAAGCAAAACAAGGCACUAUCAUUAUGGGUGGAAAUGGCCAAGGAGAAGGAGCAAAUCAGUUCAACUAUCUCAGAGGUCUAUCCUUCGAUCGUCAUGGCAAUCUCUAUGUCGUCGACUAUUAUAAUCAUCGUGUUCAACGCUUCGCAAUCGAAUGA